GUCGGAUCGUCCAGAAACCUUUGGAGAUGAAAUGAAAAAUCAGCUCCCAAAAAAACAAUCUCAGACCUCACCAGCUGGUCUUUGUGCUGUAGAGUUCAUCCGCCAACGCCACAUUCCACUCAGGAACCCAUAACAUCCAUCUGUACAUAUACCAACAGCAUCUUUCUAUCAGCCUUCAUGACCGAGUACGACUAUUCACCCGCCGCAUGGGAGCACUACGUUGCUCAGCAGGCUCGGGUUUCAAACUGGGUAUCCCAGACAUCUAACCAGGCGCAUGCCUAUUCCAAUCCAUUUCUCUUGUCGCCAACAUUGCGUGACCGCUCGUUCUACGAUGAGCAAGACCGCAGACGCCAGCGCCCUGUGCCCACUCGUUCAAAGUCUCGCAAUCUACCCCCUGCGAGACAAGAAGAGCCUUAUAGGCACAUAUCUUCUCGUCCCUCCCAUCCGCGUUCACGUUCUCACCCGCAGUCUGUCGACGUCUGGUCGUACCCUCAUUCUAGUCGUACUACCCUGCAUACCGCAUCGCAUUCUCGUAAUAGCUCGCCACACAAGCCAUCAUCACGCUCGCAUACUGCACAAGUCAUAUAUCCGCCAACUACAGCCCCUACACAUCAGCACCACCGUGCCCAACCUUAUCCCUACCCACAGAAGCAAUCACAACCCGUGCGCCAACAUACAUCGCCGGUAUAUCAUUACCCCGGACAGUCCCACGAGUCUCACCAGCGAACGGUUUACCUCCCACCUCCACGGCCGGGGCAAUCGUACCAUAUCCCCAACGGCCGUUUGGAGUAUCAGUAUGGGGUACGCCUUUGGUUUGCCUGCGUUAUGAUCUUGACACUAAUGCUUGUCGUUUGUUCUGUACUUGCAUCGUGAAUGUUUCUGUUGCUUUGUCACAAUUUCAAUAUAGCCACCCGC